AUGCAUGAGGCUAAAUUGAAGUUAACCUCAGUGGAGAAUAGCACAGAAACAACAGAGUUCAUCCUCUUGGGAUUAACAGAUGACCCCAACCUCCAGGUUCCCCUCCUCCUGGUAUUUUUGUUCAUCUACCUCAUCACUUUGGUUGGGAAUGGGGGGAUGAUGCUGGUCAUCUACUCAGACUCUCACCCCCACACUCCAAUGUACUUCUUCCUCAGCAAUUUUUCCUUUGUUGAUCCGGGUUACUCAUCAGCCGUAAUGGUGGCUGCACUGCACUCAGGAAACAAACUCAUCUCCCACAAUGGAUGUGCUGCUCAGGCCUUCUUUGUGGGUUUUGCCACCGUCGAGUGCUACCUCCUGGCCUCCAUGGCCUGUGACCGCCAUGCAGUGCUGUGUAGGCCCCUUCAUUACACCACCACCAUGAUAGCAGGUGUGUGUGCCCUCCUGAUGAUGGGCUCCUAUGUCUGUGGCUUCCUCAAUGCCUGUGGCUUCCUCAAUGCCUGCAUCCACUCAGCAGACACCUUCAGACUCUCCUUCUGUGGUUCAAAUGAGAUGAAUCACUUUUUCUGUGAAGCCCCUCCACUCCUGGCUCUCUUGUGCUCCAACAUGCAUGAGCAAGUUGGUGGUCUUCUUUGUCGUGGGUUCAAUGUCUUUUUCACCCUCCUGGUCAUCCUCAUCUCUUAUUUCUUCACAUACAUUGCCGUUUGACGGAGGCAUUCUGCGGAAGGAAGGAAGAAAGCCUUCUCCACCUGCGCGUCCCAUCUCACGGCCAUCUCCAUUUUCUAUGGAACAAUCAUCUUGUACUUACAGCCCAGCUCCACCCAGUCCAUGGACAUGGACAAAAUAGCAUCUGUGUUUUACACGGUGGUGAUUCCCAUGCUGAACCUCUUGAUCUACAGUCUUAGGAACAAAGAAGUGAAACAUGCUCUCUGGAAAAUACUCAACAAACUUAAUUCCCUGUCUCUAAGUGUGAGUAGGAAGUAG